UGUCUUAUGUUACGAAAGUUUUGACAGCUAAAAUAACAUGCGAAACAUGUAUUUAAAAAUUUUUAAUAGAAAAUUAAUCACUUAAAAUUAUAUUUAAAAAAGAAUUUACUGUUAUUGCACUUAGAAUCGCUUCAAAAUGAAUUCUCAGGCGUUAGCUUCUCUCACCGCGACAUACACGGACUCCGAAGGAGAAGAGGAUAUGGAAGAUGGACAGCAAACUCCAGACAAAGAAGAUGUCACUGCCACACAAUCAUUACCCGCAAGCCCGAAAAUCGUCGAAGAGGCUAAACAGACAACCUCCGCGCCCGUAUCUCCUAAACGAAGACUAGUUUCGUAUGUUGACGACACGAUUGUUUCCGACGAGGAGCCUGUAUCACCGAGUGCAGAAAACCAAGACGACAUGAGGAGACUUUCAAUGGAAACUGACACCGAUGAAGCUGUGCCUCGUUCUGAACCCGAGGAUACAGAAGACGGAGUCGUUAUACCUCCAGAACCACCGGGAAAGUGUCCAAAAGAAUUACAAGAUAUAAUAGCAAAGUUCUACAAUCGGAUGCAGACAGAAGGCUUAGACAUGAAUAGAAUAAUACAGGACAAAAAGAAUUUUAGGAAUCCGAGUAUAUACGAGAAACUUAUACAAUUUUGUGACAUAAAUGAGUUGGAUACUAAUUAUCCUCCAGAGAUAUACGAUCCCCUGAAAUGGGGUAAAGAAUCAUACUAUGAUGAGCUUUCUAAAGUUCAGAGACUGGAAAUGGACAAACGUGAAAGAGAGAAGAGAGAUAAAAUAUCAAAAUUUGAUUUUAUAUCCGGCGUCGCUAAGAAAUCUGACAGCGAUGAAGAUAAGAAGCGUAAAUCAAAGUGGGAUCAAGCAGCUCCCAAUGUAGCAUCUAAGCCCAGCAUCAAACAACCGGGUCUCCUGCAGCAACCUCUCACCAGCAAUGUCACAGGCACUAAAGGAACAGUCAUUUCUGCAUUUGGGUCCAUUGCGAAAAAACCAAAAAUAUGACUGAAAAACUCAUAGUUAUAAAUUUAAACAUUAAGACUAAAAAAUGAAGUAAAGUAUACACUGA